AUGGUAAUUGUUGACGCUGAUUGGGUCAAUGAAUCCGACCGAAUAGCUCACUGUAUAUACUGGGGCGGUUUGGUUGCUCUGCCGGUGAAUGGUGGCAAGUGUAACUGUUUCACUCAAUGCCAGUUGGCUAGAAAUUGUCAGGAAUGUAUGGGUCGCGGUCCCCCUUGUGCUUGGUGUUUCGACGAUGCAUACGACGAUACAGCAGAGGGUCCAGGUUAUCGUUGUGCUGAGCGUGACGUUCUGUUGGAGCGAAAUUGUCCCGCUGACAAAAUCGAGAGUCAAAACUCAACCCUGGUUGAUGUUGGCUCUCAAGACACCGAUGCACAGUUGACGCCAGUGCGCCAAAAAGUGUCUGUUCGUCCCCACGAUAGCCUAAGAACUGAUUUUACUUUUCAAUCGAUAACCGACUAUCCUGUGGAUAUCUACUUCCUUGUCGAUCAAAGUUAUACUAUGCGCGACGACUUAGAAACGGUCUCUCGACUUACCAAAGAUAUUGCCAACUCCUUUACUGCCGUUACAAAGGACCUUAGAAUGGGUUUCGGGGCAUUUGUCGAUAAGCCAGUUUUCCCUUUCAUCGUACCCACUCCUGAGGCUCAAGUUAAUCCCUGUCUCUAUGGUGUUGGUAAUCAAGAUCUCCAAUGCGAUCCACCCUUCCUCUACAAACACAUUCUCUCUCUUACCGGUGAUUUUGCCGAGUUUGAACGAAAGACUAUUUUGUCGCGGCCGUCAGGGAAUUUGGACAGUCCAGAAGGAGGGCUGGAUGCUCUCCUCCAGGUC